AUGGGGAGCAGCAGUUUUCUGUCAGUUCAUAUUGCUUUUGCCCCCUCCUUCCUAGAUACAUCAGCUACAUGGAAAACAGGAAACAAAACACGAAUUUUAGAAUUCCUCCUCCUCGGGUUCUCUGAGGAUCCGGAACUGCAGCCCUUCAUAUUUGGGCUCUUCCUGUCCAUGUACCUGGUCACCAUCCUGGGGAACCUGCUCAUCAUCCUGGCUGUCGGCUCCGACCCCCACCUCCACACCCCCAUGUACUUCUUCCUCUCCGUCCUGUCCUUGGUGGACAUCUGCUUCAGCACCACCAUCGUCCCCAGGAUGCUGGUGAACAUCCAGACAGAGAACAAAGCCAUCUCCUAUAUGGACUGCCUCACGCAGGUGUAUUUUUCCAUGUUGUUUCCUAUCCUGGACACUCUGCUCCUGACUGUGAUGGCCUACGACAGGUUUGUGGCCAUCUGUCACCCUCUGCACUACUCAGCCAUCAUGAACCGCCACCUCUGUGGCCUCCUGGUGUUUGUUACCUGGUUCAUUGGGUUCCUGACAUCCCUCCUUCACAUCACCUUGAUGAUGCAUCUGAGCUUCUGUAGAGAUCUCGAAAUUCCCCAUUUCUUCUGUGAGCUGACGCACAUUCUCAGCUUGGCCAGCUCGGACACCUUCCUCAACAGCACAUUGAUAUACGUCAUGACCGGUGUGCUGGGUGUUUUUCCCCUCAUUGGCAUCCUUUUCUCCUACUCACGAAUCGCUUCAUCCAUAAGGAGGAUGUCCUCAUCUGGGGGGAAGCAGAAAGCGUUUUCCACCUGUGGGUCUCACCUAACUGUGGUUUCUUUAUUUUAUGGGACUGGAGUUGGAGUCCACUUCACUUCUGCUGUGACCCAGGCCUCCCAGAAAGUCUCAGUGGCCUCGGUGAUGUACACGGUGGUCACCCCCAUGCUGAACCCCUUCAUCUACAGCCUGCGCAACAAGGACGUCAAGGGGGCCCUGGGAAGGCUCCUCGGCCGUGCAGCCUCGUGUCUGUGA